AUGUCGUCUGUUCCUCCUACAACACCCUUCAUCCGGCCCGAAUGGGUCGCUAUAUGUCAAUCAUGUUCCGAACCUGCCGAAUGGCAGGUUUGCAAAGACAAUUCAAAGGGCAAUCAAGGUCGUUGGUAUGCGGUAUGCCGACGUAAACGCUCCUCAGACAACCAAUCAUGCCAGUACUUCCGCUGGGGCUCACCCAGAUCGUCCCCCACACAAUCACCAGUCCUUCCCCACAGUACCGCUAUGCCAACCCAGCCUAUGCCAACCCAGCCUGGACCACCACCACCACCGCCAGUUGGUGACACGUCCUCUCAACCACGCCUGUGCGCUAUUGCGAAAACUUGUGUUGCCUUUGGUGGGUGUUCUUCGAAGACCCACAAGCCCACCCCUGCCGAAAGUCAGCGAAACAUGGCAAUUGACCCUGUCCUUCGAGUGCCACCAUCCCAGCCUGCCAAGGCUGGCCCUUCAACAGUACACUCAGCCCCUGCUCCUAGCCCCACGAUCUCACUCAACGUGCAGGCGCCUACUUCUUCCGCUGUCGCCCACACCCCUUCACAGCUGCCUACUUCUUCUGGUGCCACCUAUACCCCUUCACAGGUGCCUACUCCCGCCAUUGCCCACGCUUCUUCAGAGGGACGUUCGUACCCCUCAAACAAGGGUAAAGAUCGGGCACUGCCUCCAUCAGAGGUUGACAUACACGCCAACCCUCGUUACCCAUCGCAACUCCCACCUGUUUUCACUCAGCGCUAUGCUGAACAAGAACAGCAGUUGAAGGCAACGGCGCACCAAGCUGCCGAGCAGCGUAAUCUCGAGCAUUGCAUGAAGAAUACUGUGGAAGUCUAUGGAUGGUCAAAGGACGGUGCAGAGGUGACCAUGUGCGAAUUUCAAGAAGGCAUCACCCUGCCGCAAUUCAAGGUGACUGCACAAGUACUUCGCGCGCUUGGUGUCAUAUCCCAUAUAUUCACGCUUCUCUUCCGGACUUCGGACCCUUAG